CUGAAGAUGUGUCUGGAGGACCAACUGUCAGACGAGAGUCCGAGUUUGUUCCAGAGACUGCCCUAACUGAAGAUGAGUGCAACGAAGCAAUCUCACUGAUGAAACAUUCAGCGGAUGAGGACAUCGUCAAGAAGAAAAUGAAACUGACGUUUGAGCAUCGCCGCAACAUGGUCCUUGACCCACAGCAGUCAAGCAACAUACUGUCCGAAUUUCCACGUUUUAAAGACAUCAAAGGCUUGGUUGAACAGGAUUUCAUUCAGAUGUUUGGAGAGGGUAUCUCAAGCAAGCUUCUGGAGAGGUGGCCGGUCAUGUUCAAGAAAAAAAUCAUCCAACAGUGCAGAAAGCUUCCAUCCACAAGUGAGCUUGAAGAACUCUUGUUGGCAGCUGAUCCACCCGAGAAUGGCACUGAAGUUGACUUUGGUUGGGACAGUGACCUUUCGUCAGUGUUAUUGCUGCUACACCUGAUUCCACCUUCUGCUCAGGGUCGGAAGAGACCAGGAAAGGUUUCCGCAUCCCAGGCAGAGAAGCAUCUGGUGGUCUUCAAGAAGACUGGAACAAACAUUCAAGAGCAUCUCGAUGCCAUCACCAGUCAAGCUCAACCCUAUCUCCUGGCUGUUGGAGUUAAGAAGAACACGAUCCAUCAGUUCUUCAUCAUUCUUGACAAGAAUGCCAUACCUUGCAGGUCAACAUCAUCUCUUGGUGCCUUUGAUGAACUGUUUAAGGCUCAUUUUGUUUUUGGCACAUCUUAUAACAGCAUGCUCCACAACAUGUACACUUUCAUCCAAACCACAGUGUACAACAUAGAUGUCGGCAAGGUCAAGGAAAGUCCUCGUGUCUCUGAAGUUAGGGCGAGGUUGCUUCGUUAGUGUUUGAAGUUUCUCUUCUCUAAUGAAGUGUUUUGUUUGUCAGGCUGAGUUAAAAAGUUCAAAUAUGCUUGUUAGGCAUUUAAGAUUAGUUCAUGGC